GUUGAAAAUGUCUGUGUAAUGUAGAUAAAUGUGAGGGAUUUUCUCUCUAAAUCCGUCUCCUGUUCGCUAAAUCUCACUUCUCCAAAACGAGCCUGCGCAAUGGAACAAAGUCGGAAUAUUGAGAUGUGACAUUGCCCGCAUCUCAUCCUCUUUCUCCCCGUUUUUAAUGACUUCAAACAAGUUCAUUUUCGCCGGGCUUUGUCUUGCGGAGACCCGUGGGGAUGUCUAGCGCUCUUUCCUUUCAGUGGCAUUUAUGUGAUGUCUUCAAGAGUGCGAUGUGCUGUAUCUCCUGUAGCCACACCCUCUCACUACUGCUGUGCGUCCUCACCCUGACUCCGACGGCAACAGGGGCGAGCCCAGAGACCCUGUGCGGGGCGGAGCUGGUCGACACGCUGCAGUUUGUGUGUGGAGAGAGAGGCUUUUAUUUCAGUAAACCUGGCUAUGGCCCCAAUGCACGGCGGUCACGUGGCAUUGUGGACGAGUGCUGCUUCCAAAGCUGUGAGCUGCGGCGUCUGGAGAUGUACUGUGCACCUGCCAAGACUAGCAAGGCUGCUCGCUCUGUGCGUGCACAGCGCCACACAGACAUGCCAAGAGCACCCAAGGUUAGUACCGCAGGGCACAAAGUGGACAAGGGCACAGAGCGUAGGACAGCACAGCAGCCAGACAAGACAAAAAACAAGAAGAGACCUUUACCUGGACAUAGUCAUUCAUCCUUCAAGGAAGUGCAUCCGAAAAACUCAAGUCGAGGCAACGCAGGGGGCAGAAACUACAGAAUGUAGGGACGGAGCAAAUGGACAAAUGCCCAGCGACUUGGGAAGAGAGAAGGGAGUGGCCUUACCUGGUACCCCUGUGGAAUGGUUCACUGUAAAACAAAACAGAGAGGAGGCUAACAAUGGUCCGAAACGCUCUUCAGAAUGAUUGAACGCUGAGAGCUAAGUGGUGUUUAAGGGUUUGAUGAGGGAUCUUGUGAUUAUUUUAUACACUGCACCAUUCCAUAUCGGGAGGAAUUCUUUGUUAAUGCAAUGUAACAGACUAGUUUAGCUGCUGAGACACGAAACAAGAGCUUAUUAUACCUCCAUGUGUGAGCUGCAGCAACCCCUGGCUCCAGGAAAGGUGGGAACGGAUCUGGGCUUCAGCCAAUCAGAGAGCUGCAGACUGCGUUUUUUUUUUUUUUUGCUAACAAGCGGUCCAUCCCGUCCCCUUGAACUCUGCGGAGGUAAAUCCUUUUUCUCUGAGAGAGUCGAUGCUUCUUCACCCGUCACAUAUUACAGUUAAAAUCAGAUCAUCUUACCGUCAAGCGUUUGUUUUCAUGCACCGUGCGUUACUGAGGAUAUUUUUAAUAAGUUAAAAAAAAGAGUUUGCUCUAAAGCACAAAGACCAGGUGGUUCAUUCUCAGACUUUUAACAUUGUAGUUAUUUCACAUAAAAUCCCUUCGUCUCAUUGACUGAAGGAAGCGUUCUUCUGUCUAAGUGGAGUCAGUCGAAGGCUUGAGUCCAAUCCAAAUCCCUCCUAAGCUGCAGGAAGUGUUGAGAACCUGAGGUCUGAGUCUACAAUCCAAACACCUCGAUAACAACAGAUCAAGCACCAUUAGAGGGGAUUUUAAGGAACAGUAAGUACUCCAAAAAACAAGACCGUGCUUUUUGCCUGUUUUCCAAAACAGAGAAUCAAAUUAACCAGAAGCUAAAUUGAAUUAAAGUUUCUUUGGCCGCUCGUUGCAUGGCGCUUGUUUGGUUGUCAGAAAUGGGUCAUUCAGUGGAUUCAAAGUGCAUUUGGCAUAAGCCAGUGGAAUAAAUCAAAUAGCGACAAUCAGGCAAAAUGUUUGUCGUCUGCAUCCUUUUCACAUGUCACCACCGCGGCCAAAUCUGAUUUUCUGUCAACAAUCCAGUCGGCAGUGAUCAACAUUUGAGUCAGAGUGGAGGCCCGUGUUCAAGGUUAAACACAAGUCAUGAAAGUUUAGUGGCAGAAAGAGCCAAGAGCUCGAAGAGAAGUAUCAAAUACGGUCAAAUCUUUACUCGUGCUCUCUUGAAGAACUAGCGAUGUGUCCCCAAGGCUUCCUAAAGUCGGAGAGGCUCGAACAGUAGCCGCUCCACAGACGUGAAGUCUAAUGAUCGAUCGAUAUCGGUGUGUAAUAAUUUGUCAGUUAACUUCGCAGCUUCAGUCAGUCGUUGCUUGGGCCGCCAUCGUUACGAGAGUGCAACGAAACCCAAAGUCCAACAAAGAAACCGUUGCUGAAUGAUUUGGUAAAUAGAACAAAGUGACUCGUCCUCCUGCAGAUGUGAGAUACGGCACGCAAUUUAACAGUGCACAAACACACAUGCAAAGAAAAAAAAAAAGAGAGAGAGAGGGAAAAAAAAAAAAAAAAAAAAGCACCCACAGUGUAAAUGAGAGUUGUGUAACUUUGAGCGAAGGUCAAGCGCACACAAACAGUUCUGAGAAGUCCUUGCAUGAGGCUGUUUGUUCAAGCCUCCAUGUGGAUCAACAAUCAUUUUAUCUCACUAACCGCCCCAAGACAUCUCAUCUCUGGCUCUGCCUCCUCUGCCUGUGUAUAAUCAAACAGUACUCCCAUUUAUUUUAACCUAUGCAUUACUAUCAUUCAUUGUACAUGAUGGUUUCAUAUAACAAAACUGUAUUAAGAAUCCUAUCCACUGUAUAAUGGUGCUAUUUUGUAGUUUGUUACUUGCAAGAGAUGGCUAAGACAGACAGAUGGCAGGGCUUACAUCGGAGGUCUUCCCUUUUGCACAGCCUUGUGGCCACCAUUUUAAUAAUAGUGUUUUUAUUUGUAAGCUGUUUCAAUAAGGUAGUAGUGUACGCGAGUAAAUGUAUCUUUGGGAAAUCUGUGAAUGCAUGGAGAUUAAAAAAAAAAAAAAAAAAAAAAA